AUGCGAGAAAUUAAAGAAGAACUUGAAAGAUUAAACUUACUUGACAAACACAAAAAUUAUGUCAACAGCCAGUCUGACCUGCAACAAUAUGGCUGGUCAGACUUAGAACUCCGUUCUUACCAAGUAAUUGGACUGAAUUGGUUGUUGUCACGCUACUACCAUCAUCAUGGAUGCAUUCUUGGAGAUGAGAUGGGCCUUGGAAAAACAUGUCAGACCAUCGCCUGUACUCUUUAUUUACGCAAAGUGGAAUCUUUGCAAAGACCAGACAUUGUCAUCUGCCCACGAUCAGUUUUGGAAAAUUGGAGAGAUGAAUUCAAAAGAUUUGCUCCAAAAUUGUUAGUGCAAGUUUAUACAGGUGAUAAAAUUGCUCGUCAAUCUCUGCAAGAGAAUCUCACUCCCAGAGACAGUCUUUCCGGCUAUCCUUUUGAUGUUCUCAUCACUACAUAUGAGAUUUGUAUGAAAGACUCUGAAUUCUUCUCACGUAUUCCUUGGCAUUUGAUGAUCAUUGAUGAAGCCCACAGACUGAAAAAUCAGAAUGCUCUACUCAGGCAGACCCUAACUGAGUGGAAUACAACACAACGCAUCUUAUUGACAGGAACUCCCGUGCAGAAUAAUCUCCAAGAAUUAUAUUCCUUACUAAAUUUUGUAGCUGAGUCUAUCUUCUUACUCAGUCUCAAAGACAAAUUCGUAUGGAAAUUCUCUGAUACCGAAAACAAACAGGCCACUUCAGAUUUGCAUCAGCUGUUGCAGCCCUUCCUUCUACGCCGCAUAAAAGAGCAGGUUCUAAAAGACUUGCCCAAGAAAUCUGAAGUCAUUCUCUUCCAUGGUCUUUCUACUGUCCAGAAAAAAAUAUACAAGGCCAUCCUAACAAAAGAUCUCAGUAUCUUUGUUUCCAAUUCUGACCUACCCGGCACCUCUCAAAGAAGCUUGAUGAAUGUCCUUAUGGAAUUGAGAAAAUGUGUCAACCAUCCUUAUUUGUUUGAUGGUGUUGAACCUGAGCCAUUUGAGGUGGGAGAACACUUGGUGGAAAGUAGUCAGAAACUUGUCCUGAUUGAUCGGCUCCUGAAUCACUUGAAAGCCACUGGCCAUAAAGUUUUGAUGUUCUCACAGAUGACACGAAUGCUGGACAUAUUGCAGGACUACUUGACAUAUCGAGGUUAUACUUAUGAGCGUCUUGAUGGAUCAGUCAGAGGAGAUGAGCGUUACCUGGCUGUGAAAAAUUUUAACCAUAAUGAAGAUACAUUUGUCUUUUUACUGAGUACAAAAGCUGGUGGCCAAGGUCUAAACUUGACAUCAGCUGAUACUGUCAUUUUUGUGGACAGUGAUUUCAAUCCUCAGAAUGACUUACAGGCAGCUGCACGAGCUCACAGGAUUGGGCAGAAUAGGCCUGUCAAGAUUGUCCGUUUGAUUGGCAGCAAUACAGUGGAAGAAAUAAUCCUACGUCGAGCAGAGGUGAAAUUGAAACUGACUGAGAGGGUGGUUGAGGAAGGCCAGUUUGCUAUCUUACCCCAGAAAGAUAGCAAAUUGUCUCUUAUCACAGACAAUAAAGUUAAGCUGCAAGACAUCAUCAAGUUUGGUGUUGACAAACUCUUGCAGGAUUCUUCUGGUGAUGCAGGAGCCAAUGAUGUGGAUUUGAUUUCACUUCUGGGAAGAUCAAAAAAUGGACAGUGGGCUGAAACUGCUACCAAUGGUCCCUGUAAUGGUGAAGAUCAGCUCAUUGUAAGCUUGACAAUUUUUUAUUUUUUUGUUUCUUACCUGCAACCAUACUAA